CUGCGCAGCUUGGACUCCCGCGAACGCAGCAGCCUGAAUCGAGGACAUGGGACCGUGAAAGUAUGGCGGAUGCCGAGGAGCCGGAGAAGAAAAGAAGGCGAAUAGAGGACCUGACUGAGAAAAUGGCUGUUGAAAGUGGACACAGGGACAGUGAAUGGGAUGGCCGCUGGAAUCAUGUGAGGAAGUUUUUGGAGAGGCCGGGCCCGUUCACCCAUCCUGACUUUGAGCCAAGCACUGAGUCUUUGCAGUUUUUGUUGGAGACCUGCAAGAUUUUGGUUAUUGGUGCAGGAGGACUUGGAUGUGAACUCCUGAAGAACCUGGCUCUGUCUGGGUUUCGCCUCAUUCAUGUGGUUGACAUGGAUAAAAUUGACGUCUCGAACCUCAACAGGCAGUUUCUUUUCAGACCAAAGGAUGUUGGAAGACCAAAAGCUGAAGUAGCUGCUGACUUUAUCAACAAUCGUAUCCCAGGAUGCAAAGUGGUCCCAUAAAUUUCCCAAUGUGUACCAUCGCGUCUAUGCCAAGGCUGCCAGAACAUUGCAUUGAAUAUGCCAGAAUUUUACAGUGGCCCAAAGAAAAGCCUUUUGGAGAGACGAGUUUAGAUGGAGACAAUCCAGAACACAUCCAGUGGGUGUUCGAAAGAUCCCAAAAACGAGCAGCAGAGUUCAACAUCACAGGAGUGACAUACAGACUCACGCAGGGAGUUGUGAAGAGGAUUAUUCCUGCCGUGGCAUCGACAAACGCCGUUAUUGCAGCUGCUUGUGCAACCGAAGUUUUUAAAAUUGCUACAAGCGCAUAUAUUCCUUUAAACAACUACCUCGUCUUCAACGACGUGGACGGACUGUACACCUACACUUUUGAAGCCGAGCGAAAGGAAAAUUGUACYGCGUGCAGCCAAGUACCUCAGGAUCUCCAGUUCCAUCCUUCUGCCAAACUACAGGAGGUUUUAGAGUACCUGACGGAGAACGCCUCAUUACAGAUGAAAUCACCUGCUAUCACCACGACUCUAGAAGGAAAGAAUAAAACGCUGUAUCUGCAGUCUGUAAAAUCAAUCGAAGAACGCACAAGGCCAAACCUCUGCAAAACUCUAAAAGAGCUGGGCUUGUCAGACGGGCAGGAAAUCGCUGUAGCUGAUGUCACCACCCCCCAGACAGUUCUCUUUAAAAUCAAUUUCACUGCUUGAACAUAAAAUUAGCCAGCACUGACCCAUCUGAAUGCAAACCAGAUGUUUGAUCUCAACCUUACUGCAGUGUUCCAGUAGCACAUUUAUUAUUCUCAUGUAAAUAAGGUCUCACUUGUGAGUUACAAUGUUGUUAACAUUGCAUCAACAUCUAACACUUUUUUGUGACAUUAUUUACAUAAUUGUGUAUUUGUUCAGUGCUGAAAUACUGUAUAUUGUAUCCGUUUUCCUAUCAGUUGAGAAUUAUGUGAACUCUGAUAUAUUAAAGUUUUACUGAGGCCGUCACCUUA